UCAUAAAGCAUAGGUUAUGAAUGAUGAAUCAUAAUAUGUUGUAAAAACAGAUCGAAUUUACAAACCAACCUAUACAAUUGAGUUUGAUAGAAUUGGAGAAGUGCUUCUGUAUCCGAAUUAAAUAUAAUUAACUACUCAUGCUAUCCUCAUAAACGUCUUACAAUAUUCUUGAAAUAUCCUUAUGUUCUUUGUGAGACAGCUAUUCCCUUAUUAAUUUAUCUUUGGUUCAAAAACUCGUUGGAUAUUGAAUGGUAUUGGAAUAAUCUAUUUAUAUAUGCCCUUUCAUUUUGAUGGAUUCCUAGAAUGUGGUAUUGGAGAUCAUUAUAAUAUAAAAUACAUAGACUCUCAUUGUUGAGAGGUGGAAAAAUACUUAAUAUUGAGACGAAUACUCUUGCAAAUGUUAAAAAUGUGUAUUGGGUUGAAACCUAUUAAUUCCAUCUAUAGACAGCAGAUUUCAAAUAAUUUGAUAUCUGCUGUCUAUACUGACUAUUUAACAGAGGAAGGUCGAUUGAAAUAUGAAUUAGCAUGUAAACUUGAUCAUAUUCAAGAAUUGGGUACAACAGUAUAGUAUGAAGUAAUUUAUUUCAUGAAGUAUAUCAAUAAAUAUUGGAAAUAGGAAAGAGUAGUACAUCAUCCAGAAUUGUUUGAAGCAGCAACAAAAGGAUAUGUAAUAGACACCUCCAAUUUUGUAAUAAACACAGCUCAUAACAUCAGAUAAUUCGAAGGUUAUCAGAAUUAGUGAAAUUGGGUAUCAUAAUAGAAAUCAAAAGAAUAUUUAUUUAAAU